GUUGAACGAGAGACUUUCGAGGUUUUCGACAGCGAUGUUUGUUUCGCGUCGCUAUUUCUAUCAUCUCCUGAAAAGGAUGGUCUAUAUUACAAAACGCCGUCGACUGUUCCUGGCAGCAGUGCUGACUGUCUCGUUGUGUGCAGUUCUGCACCUGAACCUGGCUACGCGCAUUUAUAUCGGUGUAACAGCCUUUAGCUACAUGGAGCCGUUGUUGCAACUGAAGACUCCUAUGGCCGUCCACCACAACUCCAAGUAUGACGGGCACACCGCUGACGUCACCGCCUGCGUCAUCGAACCGUCUCUCUUAUUGUGCGACGGAAUCGGUUUUGGCGCCCUCGUUUUGCAGACAAUCGACGAUAUCACAACCUGUCUGGCUCAAGGAUUCACUCCUACUGUCAUUUGGACGGACUGUGACUACUGCGGGCCGCCUGGACAUGGCAAGAAUUACUGGACAUGGUACUUCGAAGCUGUAAACGAAGGCAUAGAACAGCGCACGAAGACUCGUGUGUGCGUCAUGCCUGGAUUCUACAAUUUAGUCAGCAAAUCGCCAUAUUUGACUCGACGAGGAGCAGUUGGAGAAUUGUAUGAUUUCCGGUUUGCCGACAUGGAACACAAGGUGACAACAUACAUUCAGCCAAUCACAGCAGAGACUCGUGCUCUUGUCAACCACGUCAUAUCCGGUUACGUCAAGCCUGCUGCCCGAUUUCACAACACCGUGAAUGCUUUCUAUAAAUCCUUCAUGGCGGAAACUGUCAACAUAGGUGUCCAUGUGAGACUGGAUGAAGGCCACAUUGAAGAGAUGGGCUAUUUCGGGCAGAAGACACCAGGACUCGAGGAUUUCGUACGAGUUGUACGUCAGCUCAUCACAAAUGCAACGCCAACGGCAAGAAAUGCUGGAAAAGAGCUCCGCAUAUUUUUGGCUUGUGAUUUGGACGAAGUUUUGGGGGUGUUCAAGGCCGAGUUCGGAGAUGACAAAGUCUUGAACAUCCAGGCUGCUAGGGGAGAUGAUUUCAAGCUUAAGCUCAAGGUAAAGGAUAAAGAUUCCGCGCGUUCGAUAGGUGAUGAGGUGUUCACUGAUAUCUUGCUGCUGUCUAAGUGCGACUAUCUUGUCCAUGACGAGUCGAGUGUGGCAGCCGUGGCGUACUACUUCAACCCGAACCUCAAAUCUUUCUUUGUCAGCGGAGACGCCGCUGACCACAGGCGGCUGAACGCGAAACCUCGGUUUGAUUCUCAGGAGCUCCUUCGUCAGGCCGCUGUUAGGAAGACGAGCAACAUCCGGGACAUUUCCGUUGGGCAGGACUGGCUUUGGUCCGGGUUGGAAACUAGGAGCAUGCUACUGUUGCACCUUUUGGGACCAGACGCACGCAGUCCUAUCAGUGCAGGCAAAUGUUUUUACAAGAAUGUGGGACAAAGCAAGUGUAGGAAAGAGUUUGAAAGUCUUCAGCCUGACAGUAAAAGAGUGAAAGAUCUGAUGAACUUGAACUUGGGAUAUCAACCAAAAAAUGCUGCUUAAACUUAAGUUAAAGCGAGUAUCUGGCUGACGCUGUGGCACGUUGGCGAUGUUGCUUGAUUUUGACUAAAAUUUGGAUCGAUCGAUUUGACAAAAACCCAUGAACGAAUUUCAUCGGAAAGAAACGAAUAUUUUACCCUUUGUGUGUUUUUCAUGACACUCCUACCAUCAAGUCAAGGAUAAGAAUUUAGGACGCAGCCGUCAGCGUACCACUACUUCAGUGAGGUGCCCGUUAUAGCCUAUAGCUAGGUUGCUUGGAUCUCUUGUCAUGUUUUCCUCGGUAUUCCUCUUAGGUAAAAAAAUUGUUUGCUGAUGUGUUAAUUUUUUUUUAAUUUUUCCUUUUCCGCUUGUAGCAUAUCGUAGCGUAGAUUGGACAUUAGGUGUUUUAGAUUUUGAGUACUAGUAUGAGCAAUGUUUUUACUUGCACACAAUUGGGGAGCUUAAUAGUAUAGUAUACUUAUGGUAAUGAAAUAUGUAUUAUUUUACUCGCUCACAAUACACUAGGGCAAACAUGUAGGGUACAGAAUUGUGUGAGAAUAGCUUGACAAAAACAUUUUGAAUUUUGCAUUU